CCUGGACGGCGCUGAGGAGCGCGGAGCGGUGCGCAGCCCGCCCUCUUGAGACGGCCGUCCGGCCUCGCGCCUGUCUACUCCCUCCAGCCCGGACCCCCCUGAAAUAUGUUCAGGGGCGCUUGGAUGUGGCCCGGGAAAGACACCGCCGCGCUGACUAUCUGCUGCUGCUGCUGCUGCUGGGCUCCCAGGCCGAGCGACAAACCUUGCGCCGAUUCUGAGCGGGCGCAGCGAUGGCGACUGUCCCUGGCAUCCCUGCUCUUCUUCACCGUGCUGCUCGCUGACCAUCUGUGGCUGUGCGCGGGGGCCCGGCCCCGGGCCAGGGAGCUGAGCAGCGCCGUGCGGCCGCCCUGGGGGACCGGCCGCGAGCGGCAGCGGGUGCCUCCCCGCGCGGUGCUGCCGCUGCCGCCGCCGUCGCCCGGCGGGUCCAGCGCGUCCUCCGGCACCUGCGGCCCGCGAUACAGCAACCUGACCAAAGCCGCCCCCGCCGUCGGCCCCGGGCCGGUCUGCGGCGGCGUCCCAGAGCCCACGGGGCUGGACGCAGCUUGCACCAAAUUGGAAUCUUUGCAGAGACUUUUUGAACCGACCACCCCAGCUCCCCCUCUGCGGCCCCCUGACUCCCCUUCCCGUAACCCGGAGUUCCCCUCCGCCAAAAAAAACUUGCUCAAAGGCCACUUUCGGAACUUCACUCUCUCUUUUUGCGACACCUACACAGUCUGGGACUUGCUGCUUGGCAUGGACCGCCCAGACAGCCUGGACUGCAGUCUGGACACCCUGCUGGGGGACCUGCUGGCCGUAAUGGCCAGCCCGGGCUCCGGGACCUGGGAGGCAUGUAGCAACUGCAUAGAGGCGUACCAGCGACUGGACCGACAUGCUCAGGAAAAAUAUGACGAGUUCGACCUCGUGCUGCAUAAAUACUUGCAGGCAGAAGAGUACUCUAUCCGGUCCUGCACGAAAGGCUGCAAGGCUGUCUACAAGGCCUGGCUGUGCUCAGAAUACUUCAGUGUGACCCAGCAGGAAUGCCAGCACUGGGUGCCCUGCAAGCAGUACUGCCUGGAGGUGCAGACCCUGUGCCCCUUUUUCCUCCCUGACAAUGAAGAAAUGGUGUAUGGAGGCCUCCCUGGCUUUAUCUGUACAGGGUUGCUGGAUACUUCACCAAAGCGGCCGGAAACCAAGUGUUGUGACGUGCAGUGGGUCUCCUGUGAGUCGGAGAAGAAGUUCAAGGAAUCUGAGCCCCCCCAAACCCACCACCAGCAAUUCCACCAUUCCUAUUUCCACCACUACCAACAGUACCAACACUACCACCCCCGCCAUGAACCCCCGAGCCGUGUCAGCAACAAGCCCUCCCUGCUGCCGGUCUCUGGGGGCUCGUGCCUCAGUCCCAGCAGGAUCCGGCUCUGUGUCCUUGUUCUUAUGCUCCUCCAUACCGUAGUGUCCUUCUCCAGCAGCCAGGGUGGUGGGGGACUGGGGUUGGAGACACUGCCUGCCCUAGAGAAGGGCCUGACACAGGAAGAGUGACAUCAGGGAGGGAGGACAGACCUCCACCACACACUGACGUCAGCUCCAGCCCUGCUCCAGGUGGGGUGGGGAAAGGUAGGACCAGGUCGGGGGUGGGGGAGACUC